GAAACCAUUCAGCUGCUCUGAGUGUGAGAAAAGUUUUAACUUCAAGUCGCAUCUGAAGAUACACAUGAGAUCUCAUACAGGAGAGAAACCUUUCAGCUGCCCAGUUUGUAGGAAAUCUUUUACACAGAAUGGACAUUUACAGAGACAUAUGAUUACUCAUACAGGAGAUAAGCCAUUUAUUUGCUCAGUGUGUGGUAAAACUUUCAGUGAAAGUGGACAUCUGAAGGGACACAUGAGAGCUCAUACAGGAGAGAAACCUUUCAGCUGCUCAGUGUGUGGUAAAGCUUUCAGUGAAAGUGGACAUCUGAAGGGACACAUGAGAACUCAUACAGGAGAGAAACCUUUCAGCUGCUCUGUGUGUGAUAAAUCUUUCAGUGAUAGUGGAAAUCUUAAGAAUCACAUGAGAACUCAUACAGGAGAAAAGCCUUUUAGCUGCUCAGUUUGUAAGAAAUCUUUUACACAAGGUGGAACUUUAAAGAAUCACAUGAAAAUCCACACAGGAGAGAAACCUUUGACCUGCAUUAUAUGUUGUCAAAGAUUUUCGCGAAAAGCUUUGCUAAAGAAUCAUAUGAAAACUCAUACAGGAGAGAAACCUUUCAGUUGCUCAUUGUGUGAUAAAGUAUUUAUACAGAAGGUUCAUCUGACACACCACAUGACACAUCACACAAGAGGGAAACUGUUCAGCUGCAGUGUUUGUAACCAAAGAUUUGUCUGGCGUCAUCAAGUCAAAAGACAUAAAUGUGUCGGUGGUCAGUCCUCAGAGCUUCAUCAGAGUCAAACUGAGGAGAACAGAGAGGCAGAGCCUCCGGCCAGCAGCUCGACUCAACAGAUCGAAACAUCUUAAUUUUAAAUGUCUUCACAGAAAUUACUCGACUCACAUGGCUUUUUUACACUUUAUUGGUAAA